AUGGCGGCGGUAUGGUGUUUUUUUUUCCCCAAUCAGCGCCUCUGCUUCUUCUUCCGGGGCGGGGCGAGUUCAGUUUGGCGCGAAGUUUCAGCCUGACGGAGAGGGGACCGCGCGCCGCAUGAGUCACUUGUAAGGAUUCUUCAGUCCAGGGAGCGGGUUGUUGUUGCCGGAAACAUGAACGCCAAGGAUUUGGGGGACCGCGUUUACUCUUGGUAUGGAAGAGCCAUCUCUUUUGACAAACAGCUACAGAUCACCCAUUAUAGGGGAAUGUCUAUUACAUCGGGAAGAAAUACAACUGAAACCUGCAUUUUCCCUGGAGAAUUCAUUUUAAUAGAGGAUGAGAAUACAAAGCAGACUCUUGUGGCAAAACUCCUAAAAUUAUAUGAAGAUGAUACUCAGGAAAAGCAUGCAAUUGUUCAGUGGUUUUCUCGAAUUGUAGAUAUACCUCUUGGUCAAAGAAAAACUUCAGGAAAAGAGGAUUAUCAGGAGAUAUUUUUGAAUGAAACUGCUGAAUGGGAUACUGACAUACUUAUUACAUCCAUCAUUAGUAAAGUCACGGUUAUCCCACUGUCGCCUAGUGAAAUGCUUCCCACUGUGCUACAGGAUGAAGAGAUGCUCUUUGUGCGGGAAUCUUGGGAUGGCAAAAAGUUUAAACCUUUGUCACCUAGCUUAUUGGCAGAGCUGAAAGACUCUGUGAAAAUGAAGACUAAUGCCGUGAACUUUACAACUGAAUCCCAAGUGACUCCCAGGCGCACCACUUGCUCCGCAGAAGCAAGAAACGGGAGGGUGACUCAAAGUGGCAAGGAUGAGAUGGAAGCAGAAUCAAAACAUUCAAAUGCCAAGUCAUCCCUGUCUAAGGAAAGACGCUCUCAAAGAGUGGCUGAUGGCAUUAAGACCCCAGCAGCAAGGAAAAAGUUACAGCUAAACAGUCCUACCAAAAUUCCAAGAAGGAUGUUCAAAGAACAAGAUUUUAUUGAGCUUCUAGACUCAGACUUCACUGAGCCUCUGCAUCACUCACCACUUAAACACAAAGUUACAUUCACUGGCAUUAAAGGCUCACCUCCAAAAAUAUCCUGUCCUACUGAUGAAGAAGGUCAGUUUCAGGACAUUGAGCCAUCAGGAGAGGCAUCUGCGAGAUCUAAUGCGUUUGUGUCAUAUUCUUCCAAGAGGAACCAAGAUACCACUCGGAAAACCAGGACUGCUGAUGUGAAGGACAGUGCCAGAGAGAGUAGAAAUAACAGAGAUGAGAUUGGCAAGACAUCCACAAGCUCAAAGAAGCAAGCCACAACACUCAAGAGCAACCCUAACCAGCAAGUUCUAGAUGAAGAGCAAGAAUCAGAUACUAGAAGUAAAGCAAUGACUUGUUCUCAAAGGACUUGUACACGGAGGACUCUUCGUUCUCAAAGGAAAUGUGCACAGAGGACUGCUGUUCAAAUUGCAAAACAGCUUAAUGUUUUAGAUUCAUCUGGGGAGGAAGAUGCAGAAGAAGACAAUGACUUCCCUCUAGCGGAAGGUUCUGAUGCCAGUAGCAGUGAUGAUGAAGAAAAACACCCCAAAACACCCCAAAAAACACCCAAAAGGCAAAUAAGGUCUACUCCAAAUAUUACAAGAAAGGAAUCUUCUGGGACUCCUGCCAAAACCUUAAGGAAAACAACUGAGCCAAGAACCCCCAAGACACCCCGUAACGCUACACCCAAAAUUCCCAGCCGAAUCCAAACAGCACAAGAGCCAGCCAAUGUGCUAGAAGAGGCUCGGAUAAGGCUGCAUGUUUCCGCUGUCCCAGAGUCCUUGCCCUGCCGUGAAAAGGAAUUCCAGGAUAUCUAUAACUUCAUAGAAAGCAAGCUCAUUGAUGGGACAGGAGGGUGCAUGUACAUUUCUGGAGUUCCUGGAACAGGAAAAACAGCAACAGUUCAUGAAGCCAUUCAUUGCCUCCAACAAAAAGCAGAAAAUGAUGAGCUACCAUCUUUCCAGUUCAUAGAGAUCAAUGGCAUGAAGCUGACAGAACCCCAACAAGCCUAUGUGCAGAUCCUAAAAUUACUGACAGACCAGAAGGCAACUGCUACCCAUGCUGCAGCGCUGCUAGAGAAGAUGUUCUGCAAACCUAGUCCUAAAAGGAAAACCAUAGUACUUGUAGUGGAUGAGCUUGACCUCUUGUGGACCCGAAAACAAAAUGUGAUGUACAAUCUCUUUGACUGGCCAACGCAGAAAGAUUCCAAGUUGCUUGUCUUGGCCAUUGCUAACACUAUGGAUUUGCCAGAGAGAAUCAUGAUGAACCGAGUUGCUAGCAGGCUGGGCCUUACGAGAAUGUCUUUCCAGCCAUAUACCUACAAACAAUUACAGCAGAUCGUUUCCUCCAGGAUGGCCCAAGUGAGAGCAUUUGAAGAGGAUGCUAUUCAGUUAGUUUCUAGAAAGGUGGCUGCUCUGUCUGGUGAUGCAAGACGUUGCCUUGAUAUAUGCAGAAGGUCCACUGAGAUUUGUGAACUCUCUCGUCAGAAGAGUAGCUCUGGAUUGGUCACCAUGGCACACAUCAUGGAAGCCAUGGAUGAAAUGUUCUCAUCACCCUAUGUAAAUACAAUUAGGAGCGCGUCCUUGCAGGAGCAAAUUUUCCUGAAAGCAACUAUAGCAGAAUUUCACAGGUCAGGACUAGAAGAGGCUACAGUUCAGCAGGUAUUUCACCAGCAUGUUGCACUGUGUAGGAUUGAAGGCCUGAAAACUCCUACUGUAUCAGAAAUAAUGGCAAUAUCCUCUCGGCUUAGUGCCUGUAGACUCUUGCUGGCAGAAUCUAAUAAUAAAUAUCUACAUGGUCGAAUUCGACUUAAUGUUAGCCAAGAUGAUAUCAUGUUCGCACUCAAGGAAGAAUAA